AUGCCCGGCAGAAUGGACCAAUACCGGUACUGCCGCCCUUGCGGCAGGUCCUACAACAACAUAGAAGCGCAUUACCGAAACUCUCGUCGGCACGCCUACUGCGGGCGAUGCGAGCGGCACUUCACGUCCUGGGAGGGGCUGGAUGCGCACUGGGCGAACUCAUCAGCGCACAACUUCUGCAGCAAGUGCGACUUCGACGGGGAGGACGAGGACGAGCUCAAGACACACUGCUACGAGACGGGCUGCGCAGUGCCCUGCGAGGGCUGUGCCUUUCUGGCGCCGUCCAAGCGCGCGCUCCACAAGCACCUGGCGGCCGUCUUCGGCUGCCACAAAUGCCACAAGCACUGCGACAACCACAACAACCUCCGGCAGCACAUGCUGACGCACGCGCCGGCCCGGGUCGAGUGCUGGGGCUGCGACGCCCUCUUCGUCUGCCUCUCCCGCAUGGUCGUCCAUCUGGAGCAGGGCUUCUGUCCGUCGGGCUGCUCGCGGCGCGGCCUCCAUAGCCUCGUCCCUUGUGAGUUGUACGGCCUGGAUGCUCGUCCCUUCUGCUGCCCUACCUGCGACUCGGAGUUUCGUCUGCUGAGCGCUCUCUUGCACCACAUCGAGAUCAACUCGGCAUGCAACGAGGACAUUAGGGAAAUCGACUUCGUUGACCUCCAGGAGCUGUUCGAGGAUGAGUAUCUUCUCUGAAUGGAGGGGCUACAGGGCGCAUUUGGAGGAAGUGUUGUUCGCGAACGAAUGACCAUCAAGGGUCCUGGAAAUAGUUGCUGCAUGCUCUUAGGAACUUCCAUAGUGGAACCUCGCUAGCUAGCAAAUUCGACACGCCCUCGCAGUUUCUGCAGAAGGAAGAACGAAACCGUACAUACAUAUUCCACCCGUUUGAAAUCUUCAGCGCCAGGUCUCAACCGUCCAUAGUUAUUGCAAGGCUUGGUCGAGUUUGUUAUAUACC